AUAUCUUGCCGAGCCGCAGUAACCUGGGAGGCUGCCAAGCCCGCUGUCAUAGAAACAGUUGAGGUUGCGCCACCUAAAGCGAGUGAGGUGCGAAUCAAGAUGAUCAACACAGGUGUCUGUCAUUCAGACAGCACCUUGGCGAGCGGAAACAAAGGAGAUUUCUUUCCAGUUGUACUGGGGCAUGAAGGAAGUGGCGUUGUAGAAAGCGUUGGGGAAGGAGUCACUACAGUGAAACCAGGUAAAUAAAUACAUGCAGUUAACUCUCUCUCUUGACAACAAACGUCUUUUAUGAAAAUGAAGAAAUGAUCGUCGCAGUGAACGCAAUUUAUGCAAUUGCGUAAAGAAGCCUGAAAAAAAUUCAGGACUUCAACGGGGUUUUGAACCCGUGACCUCGCGAUUACCGGUGCGAUGCUCCACCAAGUGAGCUAUGAAGCAACUGACGUUGGGAGCAGGUCAAUUGUGGGUUCAUAUGUUCCCGUGAAAGAAAUGAGUGUUUUAGACGGAUAUGCCCCUAAAACGAACGCCUAUACCUAGUAUUCUGCAGUCAUCUUCCAGUUACAAAGCAAAACCUCUCUGUGAUGGUCCGUUAGUGCCAGUCCUACUCCGUUUAGCACAGACCGAUCAACAUUUGCUUUUCAAGGGUUUGGUUGAGGAUAUUAAGUGUCACAAAAUUUACAAGAAAUUACAUAGCGCAACUAUUCGUAGGGGUUUCGUUAAAAUAUGCGCUAAAAAAUUCGGUAAAAACCGACGUUUCGAGGGCGUUCCAUCAAGCAACUGCUUUGAGAAAAGAAGAGGAAGUUACACUCAAAACGUUCGUCUUUUCCCAACUUUUCGGCGUGCAUUUUAACAAAUAUUUUAUUUUUAUUAAGGAUAUUAAGCCUUACCCUGAGAGAGGAUACAAGCUCCGUACAUAUCACUUAUUUUGCGUUGUCUUUAGGAGACCAUGUUGUACUAACCUGGGUCCUUAAUUGUGGAGAAUGCAAGCUUUGCCAGAAUCCUUUGACCAAUCUGUGCAGCAGGUAAAUUUAAAUAAAAUGUUUGCAACCUAAACACAAUCCGUAUAACCUUAUUUUCACCUUCCUUCCAUCCUUCUUCCUUCCUCCGUUCCCUUCUGCUUUAGUUUCUUUUCUUUUUCCUUCCCUCCACACAAAUUGAAUUUAAACUUUUAUGUGGAAUUAACGUUGAUUUUGUCCAAUGUUCUACAACAGUUUCGCGCUUGAUAAAGCCGUAUUGCUUGAUGGAACAACACGGAUGACAUGCAAAGGAAAGAGUAUAAAGCAAGUGACCAGGCUGGGAACCUUCAGUGAGUACAUCGUCGUUCCUGAACUACUUGUUGUGAAGGUAGGUGCGGGGACUAGUCAACCUGUGUAAGGUUUGACCUGUUUCAAAAGAACACUACAGUCAAACCCGGCCGGUUUACAGACACCCGCUUAAUACGGACACCCAUUAAUGCGGGCAACGGACACUUGUUUCAUGCCCAAUCAACAGAUUCUCAUCGAAAGUCAACCUUGCUAAUGCGGAUACUUCAUUGUCAGGUGUGCGCUGUAAUAGACCUUUCCUUUUUGAAGGUGAUAAAAACCUUCAGUUGACAGCAUGUCCAUGUCCCAAGCGCUACAGUACAGCGGAUGAUUCGUAGACGGCGUCAAUUUCAGACUACUUUGGCAUGCAUCAAACAAGUCAUACAGAGAAAUGUUUUGAUUAAGUAAUACAGUAUAUAGACGAGCAAUUUUUGAGUGUUUCCAUGGAUUUGGCCGCGGAAUGACGGGUUUGUGAAGGUUAGAGAAUGAUGUUUCAUUUGACGAUGCUCAUGUCCUCUUUUAUUUGUUUGUAUAAAAAGGGUGACCUUUUUCAGGCAGACACCCCGUUAAUACGGACACUUUCUAUGACCUCUUCCGUAUUAACGCGGUUUGACUGUUUAAUGGCCUAUUUUCAACAUCGCAUGACUUUUUGAAUCGCUCGAAAACUGUUUUGAAGCCUCUGCAAACGCCAAUUUUAUUUUGUCCUAUCCAAAACGAAAACGAGCCUUCCCCAUCGUUAGAAGGGUCAUGUGAUAUUGAAAUCGGGCCAUUGCCAAGGUAGCUCACAACAAUUUAAAGCAUCAUUGCUUGGCACUUCUCAACGGCAAAUGAUAGCUAUACCUUUUUAACAAACAAAGACAUAACCCCACGUCAUUGUCAAGUGUUUUUCUUCGUGAAGAUACCUCAAGAUGUUCCACUGGACAAGGCCUGCCUGCUAGGUUGUUGUGUAACCACUGGAUAUGGUGCUGCAAUGAACACCGCGAAGGUAACACAACACACAUCGUAUAUACUAAUGUAACACUGAUCGAUGUGCGGAAGUGAUGUGAAAGGGGCAGGAUAACCUGCGAAAACGCGUGCGUAUUUCCAGUCGUCGCUUCCCUCGACCCUUUUCGGGUGGAGAGAAGCGCCAACCGGAAAUAAGUCUGCGUUUGCAGGCGAGGGGCGGGAGUGCCUUUUCAGAAAAGUGGAAUUAAACCCCUAAAUUAAACCAAUCUGGGCGUGGUUCAAGCUUGAUUUUACCCAUAUACCAACCUCGUCCCCAGGGCUUUUCCCUCAAAAAUGGGUGGGGCGGACAGCCAAAUAAGAGCUAUAGUUAUUUUAAUUCCGAUAAUAAUGACGUUGUGAUUGAUUCUUUCUUUCUUCUUUUGCUUUCUUUAUUUCGCCUCGCAAAGCUUCAAGUGAGACCUUUAAGGGUAAAAAGUGGUGUUACAUGCUACUACGAUACGACGACUAUUGCCACCCGUUUCCAGAUAGAUGACCAUGACUUGUAAACAGCCUGCUCAAUGCCCAGAGAUAACAUAAUAACCUUGUUAACGUUGGCCAGCUACGAAGACUCUUUUUCUCUCACUCAAAUCGUGCUGAAGUCUGUAGAAAGGCAGAAACAACACAAACAACAUUUUACCUACACUUUACUUAGGAAUUUUUCUCGGUUUAAAAAUAUUUUUGAAUGGUCAGUUUUAUUUCCCGUACAAACUCUUACACAACGGUUGGGUUGCCUGUUACCAAACCGCUAAGGUGAUGUAGCUGGCCUAGGGUCAAUUUAAUAAAACUUUUACAAGUGUAGCCAUUGUUUUAGAGUCAGAAAACAAUAGCUACAUUUGUAAAUUUAACUUGUAAAAGUUUUAUUAAAUUGACCCCUGGUGAUGGUUGCACCUCAUUUUUAAGAGCUCUGAAUUCUUUUUGUUCUUUUUCUAUGUGAAGCCUGGAUCUAGUGUGGCCGUGUGGGGACUGGGCGGAGUUGGGCUUUCUGCAGUGAUGGGUUGCAAGGCUGCUGGUGCCGCAAGGAUAAUUGGGAUUGAUAUUAAGCCUGAUAAAUUUCCUUUAGGUUGGUGUACUUUAAAAACAACAUCUUUAUGAUUUAUUAACCGAGCUUAGCAUUUAUCUUCUUUCACAACUGAUCACGGCACAAGAUGCAUCCAAGAUUGCUAGGCGGCCUAGAAAGUAUGCAAGACGCGUUUCACAAUAUGAAUUUCUGUUAAAUAGCGUAGACAAAGCCUGUCCGUGAGCAAGCACACCAUUUGAGAACGCGAGAGGAGAGGUGUCAAGUGCGUCACGCGGAAAGUGCGUGACCCACAGCUCUCUUGAUUUCCAGCCAUCCGAGAGAUUCCGCGAGAGCUUGCCCUUAGACUCGGCCCAACCCCUCGGGAGUUCCUCCUUAACUCAGUGGUUAUAGAACCCAUGGCUGUUUAAGGACUCCGAUCCCGUUGAAACUAUUUUCUUUGCCUUCGGUUUUGUUGCAUUUUACUUGUACGAAAGAGAGCGAAACAACAACAACAACACCAAAAACAGAAACAAAACAAAAGUAGUCAAAGAAUUAAAAAUUCAAUUUUAAUCCAACGGAAGAAAUAUAAAUUCAAAAAAAACUAAUUUUUGCAAUUUCCCGCUGCCUCUCUACUUGCGAUGUUUUUAUCCGGCCACAUCACUUUGUACAGUCAAACAUCUCGUUAUUACGGACAGUUUGCUUUGUACCUGGGGAGAGAAAGCCCUUGCAUUUUUUCUAAAAUCAACCCGCUUUUAAGCGUAUUAAACUACUGACACCCCGUCAAUACAGCCACUUUCUAUGGCCCCCUCAUUGUCCGUAUUAACAGGGUUUGUUUGUAACUAUUUUCUUCCAGCAAAAGAGUUGGGCUGCACUGAGUGUAUGAACCCUAAAGAUUAUGAUAAACCUAUCCAGCAGGUUUGUUUUAACCUGGUUUUAUUGUUUUAUAAAUCAUAAUACUUACUAGCUAAAGAGCCUUUGAUUCUAAGGGGUUGCUCACAUGAAGGGAGCAAGCUCCAAGCACCAGGAAGAUCCAAGAAGGCGGAUCAUCCUGGGGCCAUAUGUUUCAUCUGUAUUCAGUCUACAGGCAAAGCGUUUUACUUAUCGCUAGCGCUAGGAUCCAAGAUGAGAGGUAGGACGAUCCUAGCUAGUACUAGAAAGGUCUUAGCACCAUGUAAACUGCCAGCCCUUCCGCGCUAUGAAGAUCCUAAUGCUAGGGACAAACCACACAAAAACGGCAGAGGAUCGUUCAGUGGAUAAUCUCUAAUCUUAAAUUUUGUCUCUGCUGUUUACAACACAGACCGAAAUUUCUGUAUGUAAAGCCAACGAAAAGUUGUUCCGUGUUCUAGCAUUUUCCUCCCCCCCUUGUUAACAGCCCCUUAAGACGAGGGCGUUUAUGAGGACGAGAUUUUCUCAAUACUAAGGUCAUUUUGCGGGAAACGUUAUAGUCGUCAUUCAUUCUAAAGUUAAACCCUCCUCGCCCUUUAAUAUAAAGGUCUCUACUAAGAAGAGUUGGUAGACGAGAGAGCCGAGUAAAACAACCUGGAUGAAAGCAAAUAGUCUCCAGCACAUGCUUCUACGUAAUUCACAAAGUGAAUCUCUACUGCAGUGACUCAGUAUAAAUACCUAGUAAUACAUGAAUACCUAAAUUCUCAAUUGGUAGAGCGCUGGUAGAUCCUAUCUAGAGGUCGCGAGUUCAAACCUCGCCGAAUUCAAGACCAUCAAUUUCUUUAAUUUCUGGUUUAUCCCAUUUUCCUUUCUACAACGCGCUGUUCCGAAGGAUUUAUAGAGUUUCUUACUUCUCAGCACUUCAAAACAUUACACAAUUUACACUUGAGUUCGCGUCCCAGCUAUAGCCUAUUGACCUAAAAAACGUCCAGGCACUAUGGGAACCGAUAUUAUUGCUGAGAGAGAACAAUUCUUGUCCCCGGAGCCUACUGUAUAUACUUCACAGCCCGCGAAGGCCUCCUUGCUCCUUGUUCGAAGGCUGCGCCGACUAAGAGCCUGCUUACGUAGAGGUGGGGAACCCCAGGUAGGUGAGGUAACCCAAUUAGGUGGGGAAUCCGCCUGUCCAUAUAAUCUCUUGUAAGGUCACCCCACCUACGAUACAAACGUGAUUAAAUUAAAAUUAAAGAUUAUAUAGACAGGUGGGUCACCCCACUUAAGCGGGUUACCUCACCUACCUAGGAUCCAGGGAACAAAAUCGUCUUUAUUUUAUUCUCAUGCUAACAGACCCGUGAACAUUUGCUGAUUUGUAACAAAACUGAAAGGGACGCCUACAGCCCCUUUCCUAUUCAAAGGCCAGGGCACUAAGCACACUACUGUGAAAAUGGUCUAUUUUUCUAACCUAUUCAUCCCCAGACUCACUUGGCUCUUGACGCCGCACCAACUGAGCAAGAAACGGCCCAGCAGGAUACUGAACACAGCCCGGCGACUGAGAACUGAUAUUCCAAUGAUUUACUUAGUGUACAUAGGUUUCCCGAUCACAAUGUCAUAUAUACAUGCAUAAGCUCUUUCUAACUUUUGAACUUUUGAUUCCGUAGGUCUUAACAGAAAUGACUGAAGGAGUGUUAGUGUUAUUUCGUCUCCAUAGUUGUCUUCUAAUACGUAGAAGUUGUCUUCGAAAGUUGUACGAAGGUUAAAAACAUUGUAUUUAUUCAUCUAGUCAGAGAUUAGAUAAUGGCUUUCCAAUAUUUGCUCAUGAAGCGCACAAGUCUACCUCCAUAGUCAUCGUGGUACUAGAGAGGAAAAAGAUGCGUCUAUGAUCUGUUUGUAACAGUUAACGCAUAUUUCUCGAACAUUAUGUUCUUUUUAGACUGGGAGAAGUCUUAUCCUCUUUUAAGGGGUAUAGAUAGUGGGGCUUUAUGUAACACGGCCCUAGCGGCAAAGCCGCGAGUAGCGAGAAACGAGGGCGUCGUUUCUCGCGUCUUGCGCCAUUUGUCUAUCGCCACUUACGUGUUACACCACCGAAUCUAAAAAGAAAAGUAAGAGACUGCUCCGGUCUAGGUAAACUUUAGUCACAAGAAAAAUUAAGGAUUAGAAUCAAUUAAUUACAAUCUAGGAGACCAUAGUAAAAAGCAGAGGAAUUUUGGUAAUUUAAGACUGAAAGUGUAUUAAUCGUGGUAAGGAUAUUGGGGUUAGAUUUUCCUUACACCCCACCCUUCGCUCCCACUAUAAGCUAACAUGUUGCUCACUAAAUAUUCUCUGGAUUUCUAGCGCGCUGCAUUUGAGUCAAGUCAUGUUGGUUGGGGAACAACUGUUAUAGUGGGCGUGGCACAAGAACAACUGUCAGUAAAUCCUGAUCAUUUGCUGAUGGGAAAGAAUAUAAUAGGAUCACUCUUUGGAGGUAUGAAUCAACAUUAAUUAUAAUCACUUUGUUUUGAAUGACAUCGUAAGACAGUGGAGACCUGUAGAUUCGAGGAAGAGACUCCAAGUCCCAGUUCUCAGCCAACUGGUUUAAAUCCCAGUCACUAAAUCUGAAAUCCCAUUUCCAGGGCUCGUUUAUUUUAAUUUGCGAACUGAACCGCAUAAUGAAGUAAAACGGCACUGAUUGAUGAUGCUGUUUGGAUCACGCAUCUUCACCUGGACUGAAGAAAAUCUCUCAUUCUGCUGGUGAACAUUCUUUCUCUUCCACCCCUUGUUGGCAUAACAAUAUUAACACCACUUCUGUCAUCUUAACUUUCACCACUGGACCAUCCGGUUUUGAUAAAACUCGUCAAUCCUCCUUGUCUUUGUAUUUACAGCUUCUGUACCGACCCGUGCAGAGCACACAUGCACACACCUGAAAUACUUUAGAUGGCCUCUGUUUGACUUCUUGCUUUUGUUUAUUUUGGUUGUUUUACCGUAAAGCAAGCAUCUCAUGCUUUUACCAUUGUCUGCCAAUCUCACAUCGUCUGUUUUUUCGAGAACCCCUUGAGUUUCUCAUAAGUUAGAAGCAACUCACUCCAACUUUUUUUUCUAACGGUCUUUGUUUACAUUUUGUGUUUUUUACCAGCGUAAGUUAUUGACUGCGUUGCCGGUCCGGGUAAGGGUGUCCCAACUAAUGGAGCCUGAGGUUGAACGCGAUGAACUUUUACUAAAGGCGUUGUUUAUGGUUACUUUUUGAAAGAAUGGCACUCGCUGGAUUACCCGGAUGAACAAAGAAAGCGAUUCACUUCGUCUGAAUAUUUCCAUCUGUUCCUCAAUAGUCAGCAAUACUAACAGCGUUUGGGGUAACCUGGUCCACACGAAACAUUUCUGCUGCUUAAUCAGCAAAUCCUCUUUUUGCGGCAGAAUCGUCAAUUAGCUUCAAUUCCACGCCGUUUGAACUAUGUCACGCGCAAACAUGCACAUGUAAUUCCCCCUACAACAAACCGCUGAACUGACCAUACCAGCUUCAUGAUAACGGAGUUGCAGCGUUGCAUUGCAACGCGAAGGCCGAUAAAAAAGAAAAACAGACUGACUCGAUCAUACUUACUGCCGCAGGUCACUGGUACAGAAUAUUAUUUAUUUUAAGUUAAAAAGUAGGCACAUUUGAGCAGUUGCGUCAAAUAAUAUAGUCGAAGAUCGUGAAAGGAGGGAAAUCCCAUUACAAUUUUACAGUGAAAUUGUUUAUCACUUUCCCAGUGGUUAAAUCCCAGCCCCAGUGCAGUAAAUCUCAUUUUCCCAGUACAGAAAAAGGCAAAUCCCAGUUCCCAUUUUACCCCGCCUUCUGGACCCUCUUCCAAUACAAACCUCGAACUCGGCUAAUAAAAGGUUUUUACCUUUCUAUCUUUUUUUGUUUGUUUGUUUUGUUUGCAAGGAUGUGUUGCACGCGAAAUUAUCCCUAAACUAUCGCAAGAGUACAUGGAUGGAAAAUUAAGUCUUGAGAAGCUCAUAACUCACACGAUGCCUCUGGAUAAGAUAAAUGAAGCUUUUGAUGUCAUGUUUGCUGGAAAAAGGUUUGUCACCAAACAAAUUGUAGUU